AUGGCAACAACAACCUCCCCUAGUACGGAUCUCCCUUCGGACGAAAAUAAUUGGAAUGAUUGGACAGCUCGGUACCAAGUCUCCGGUUCGACCAUCCAUGAUGCCACUCUCACCUCUGCAUCCACAAUCAGCGAGAAGCAAUACUUGUUGUUCCAGAUUCUCUGGACCUCAGGAAGCGGCCGACGUCUUAGACUAACACAAUACGACCUGGAGACGUGGAAACGGGAAGCGGAUAAGCUACUUGAAACAUUCCGAUCCUGGGAUAAAUAUCGGCAAAGUUUCCCAAGCGGCCCUAUUCGUGAAGGGACAUUUGCCUUGGCCAAAAGGUAUCAGUCACAGGCCUCAGAAUCCAAGGAUGAGAUCUUCCAAUCGAACGUGGCAUUCUCACCUAUUGCGAAUCGCACACGGUCUAAGAUGGGUAGUUUAGAGCAAAAAUUGAGGGAAGCACAACUCGAAACUCCAACAAAGUCAACAGGCAAACCGUCGGACCUAUUAGAAGUUGACGGCACUCCAGAUGCCGGAGACUCGCCCUUUUAUUCUCCAGGGCCUGAUGAGAUUGCACACCUGAUGUAUCCACAAACAAAAGAUGAGCAGAUUGUCAACACCGCGCUAGUGGACUUCCUAAAUGCGCUGAGCAUGCACUUUCUCCAGGCGAGCGACUGGACCUUGCACCGCAAAUCGUUCAAGGCAGCGUUCCAACAUACCUCAUUUGAAGCACGGACCGAUGGGUAUCUUGAGGACGGGGGAUCUUCAGAAAGGGUACGAGCAUUGAUCGAAGUGAAGCCAAUGUUGAGGGAAAAGAAGAAAAAUCCCAUUCGUAUGCAAGAGGCUGCACAGAUGGUUGCAUGGAUAAAAUCAGAUCCUGAUCCCAGGGGCGCUUUGAACCUCCCGGGCCGUCGUCUUCACAUAUCACAGGACCGUCACCAGAUAUUCAUCACCUUCGCGGAGUAUGACGAAAGUUAUAUUCAAUAUCUCAACAAUACACUCCCCCCGAAAUCGCCCCGUCCGUUUCUCAAAAUGCAUGAAUUCGGACCUUGGAAUACAAUGGCUAGAAGUGAUAUGGAGGAUAUCGGUGGCAUUUUGCUGGCGAUCGCCUUGCGCGCGUAUUCCGAUGCCCAUCCGAGCAAACCAUCCUCCAAUAAGCAGAAGGGUGGCUGA